AUGCUGCAUCAACAGACUCGGUUGGAGAACAAGUUGAAGCCUCUGAUUUCAGAGUUUACUGGCAUGGGCUUUACACCAAACGAAAUUAGGGAAGAGAUCAUUAGGAACCCGAAAAUUCUGGGGUCAGAAGUCGGAGAAAUGUCAAAAUGUUUGAGAAUGCUAAACAGUUUGAAAUGUAGGGUUCCAAUUAAAGAAAAUCUUUUCAGUGAAGGGGCGUUUAUGGCGUCUUAUGAAGUUAAGUCGAGGAUCGAUUGCUUACACAAACACGGGUUGCUAUAUAGAGAUGCAUUUAGCGUAUUGUGGAGAGAGCCACGAGCGAUUUUAUAUGAUUUGAAGGAAAUUGAUUUAAAGAUGGAGUUUUUAACAAACACGAUGAAAUUUGAUGUUCUUUCGCUGGAUGAAGUUCCCGAGUAUUUGGGGGUACAUUUUGAGAAACAGAUUGUUCCUCGUUACAAUGUGAUCGAACAUUUGAGAUCAAAAGGCGGGAUAGGUGAUGAGAUCGGGUUGAGGUCUUUGGUUAAGUUUAGUAGGUUGAGAUUUUAUAAUCUUUACGUGAAACCAUAUCCCGAGUGCAUUUGUAAGUCUGAAUGGCAUUACGAGGAAUUCGUAAUGCCCAUAACGGGUCCGAAAAGCAGUCUUGGGUACAUCGUCCUCCCGUACCUUGAGUUGGUGCGAGACGAUACGGUGUCUUUGCUAUCGGAGCUGCACCCGGUAUCAAGUCUAUACGAAAUUCUACUUGACGAUCGGGUGGCAAUCCAGGCAGAUCAUCCGGAAAUAUAUCUGGAUAUUCACAAACAAUAG